AUGGGCUGGCUAGGAGUGGCUACACUCAUUGCGACCGCAUGUUUCCUACUUUACCGUCACCCUCCGUCCAGCUGGACGUGUGAGGCCUCCAUCUCUCCACCCCCACCGAAACCAACCCUUAAAGAGCCAACCGAUCGCGCCAUAGAUGAUACGAAAGUGAAGGAUGAUUCUAAGUCCCUUGAAGAAAAAGACGGGAAUGCAGAAGACUCCCAGUCAACACCCAAGGCGUCUGCAUCGAGUCCGCCGUCCCUCGAAGUGCCCACGCUUUAUCUCGACAGCGACAAGGCUGACAAGCCGGCCAUCACUACCGAGAACCAGGCCGACAAAAAGCCAAUCCAGAAUGGAUCAGCGAAGCCCUCAGAGCCGGUUACUAUCGCAGUUAAUAAUGCUGCCAUGCCUCCUCCACCACUGCCCACCGCAAGCACUUCCUCCUUAAUGCCGCCGCCGCCACCACCUCGACUCCGUCCGACAAUGUCCCAAACCCAACAACCCCAAUCCGCCCCCGCAGGACGAUACCCUCCGCGCCCAAACCCAGGCAGCUCCCUUCGUCCGCCACCGUCUGCUGCAGCGUCCCUACGUCGGGCGGUUCUCGAACCAGGCUACUCCCCCCUGGAUUGGGCCGCGCUUACAUCGAACCCCAAGAACAAUCUGCGGGGUGCAAAUCUGCCCCCAACUCUGGUCAAGGUGACGCCGUCGAUGCUCAAGGCGCAGAACGGACGGAAGGGUCGCGAUGCCUGGACUUCGUACCAGGGCAAGGUCUAUAACAUCACGCCGUAUGUCCCAUUCCACCCCGGCGGGAAGGGCGAAUUGCUCCGAGGUGCCGGCAAGGACUCGGCGAAGUUGUUCAUGGAGGUUCACCCAUGGGUGAAUUGGGAUGCCAUCCUGGGGGAGUGUCUUGUGGGCAUCCUCGUUUCCGAGAACGAUGGAGCGGCCGAGAAUGCGCUCGAUGCUAUGGACUGA